AUGUCUGUGCUAUGCCUCGUUGGAUGUGCCAUCACCUGGCCUAUUUUAUUUCCCAUUCAUAUCAUAGGCGGUGCUGGGAAUAAGCAGCUUGAUGCACUUAGCUUUAGCAACGUGCAGAACCCGCAAUUGUACUACGGCCAUGUUGUUGUUGCUUGGAUCUUUUUUGGUACAAGGAUUGGUGUUCUGCACGAUAACGCGAGAAAGCAUCCUCUAUGCCACGUUGAGGCAGGCGUAUCUCCUUUCUCCUUUGUAUGCGAGCCGAAUAUCGUCUCGCACAGUUUUAUUCCUGGCUGUGCCGAAACCAUACCUCUGCAAGAAGAAGCUGUGCAAAGCUGGCUUAUCGACUGGAGGAGGCCGGAAACGACGUACAUCAAAAGAGCCCACGCUGCGCACUUGAAAUCCGCCCACGGCGGCUUGAACGACUCGAGGUCGUCGAUCAAUACGUCCCCGGUUGAGGUUGAGAAGGGAUUGCAACAAUUUCCAACCGCCGCUGAUGUUAAAAGGCCGAGUCACCGGCUUGGGCUCAUGUUCGGGAAAAGAGUUGACACCAUCGAUUGGCUUCGCGCGCAGCUCAAAGAGGCGAUCCCGCAAAUCGAGAAGCUGCAACAAGGUCAUCGGGCAGGCAAAGAAAAGCCUGCCUCUGCUGUUUUUAUCGAGUUUGGCACGCAAAUGGAGGCGCAGAUUGCCUUCCAAACCCUUUCACACCAUCAUCCCUUUCAAAUGACACCGCGUUUUAUCGGGAUUUCGCCGAACCAAGUAAUUUGGCCUGCUCUUCAGUACAGUUGGUGGCAGAGGAUUGUUCGCAAGUUCCUUGUCCAAGGAUUUAUAACAGUUUUGAUCAUUUUCUGGUCGAUUCCGUCUGCCUUUGUGGGGUCCAUCUCCAAUAUAACAUACCUAGCAAACCUCCUGCCGUUCCUCAAGUUCAUUGACAGCCUGCCUGCGAUUGUAAAGGGGGCAAUCAGCGGCGUUCUGCCAACGGUCGCGCUAGCACUCCUAAUGGCCCUUGUGCCGAUUUUCCUCAGAUGGUGCGCUCGACAAUCUGGUUUGCCGUCUACGGCUCAGGUCGAGUUGUUUACCCAAAACGCGCACUUUGUCUUCCAAGUAGUUCAAGUCUUCCUGGUGACAACUAUAACAUCCGCCGCAUCUGCAGCCACCAGUCAAAUCAUAAAAGAUCCGUUGUCGGCAAAGGAUCUUCUUGCAAACAACUUACCCAAAGCAUCGAAUUUCUAUAUUUCUUACUUCCUCUUUCAAGGCUUGAUAUUAAGCUCCGCGGCCGUCAUGCAGGUCAUCACGUUCUUGGUUUUCAAGCUUCUGCGGGUGUUGUUUGACAAAACACCAAGAAAACUGUACCAGCGCUGGGCGGCCCUCGCCGGCCUAUCUUGGGGCACUGUUUUCCCCGUGUUCACAAACAUGGUAGUAAUCGCGAUCACGUACUCCUGCAUUGCUCCCCUUAUACUCGGAUUUUCAGCCUUCGGGUUAUACCUGGUGUACCAAGCUUAUCGAUACAAUCUUCUCUUCGUGUACGACUCGAUAGUUGACACCAAGGGCCUUAUUUACCCUAGGGCACUUCAGCAAGUCUUGACUGGAAUUUAUCUGGCGGAGAUCUGUAUGAUCGGACUUUUCGCCGUCCGGGAGGCCAUUGGGCCUCUCAUCUUGAUGGCGAUUUUCACUAUUCUGACGAUCCUUGCACAUAUUUCCCUAAACGACGCAUUGGCACCGCUAUUGUCAGCUCUUCCCCGGACAUUAGACAACGAAUGCGACGCCGAGGAAGAGAUACUUGAAGGCAUAGACAGAGGGUUUCCCAGCGGCUCCGCUAACGACCCCGAGAAAGGAGAGUUUCGCACCGAAAAGCCGCAUACAGAAUGCAGUGGCCGCAGGGUGAGAAUGCGCAAGGCAUUCCUAAGGCUUAUGACGUGGCUCCUUCACCCCAGUGCCUACGCCGACUAUACAUCAUUGCGGAGAAAAGUCCGACAAGAUCCGGGGAUAAGCUACGACCCAAACAUAGAUGAUAAUGCGUACCACCCUCCAUGGGUUACAGCUCCGACACCACUGCUUUGGGUCCCGCGAGAUAUAGGGGGCAUCAGUCGCCAGGAGGUCCUGCUGACAAGGACGGUGGUCCCGAUCACGGACGAGGAAGCGUACCUGGACGAGAAAAACAAGGUAGUUUGGGACAAGCUUGAUGACUCAGCUGCCCCAGCUUAUAUCGGAUCCAUGGCAGACCCAAGCUCCGGCAUUCCGCAAAGCUCCCCCCAACGAAAUAGACACCCAAGCAGGCCCCAAGGCGGCAGACGAGGGCGCGGUGGCGGCUCGCAUCCCCCUAUGACUUCUAAUUCGCAGUCGCAGCGCGGUAGUCGUGGAGCGAGCAGAUCCCGUGGAGCCGGGAGAGACGGACGGGGAACAAAACAAGGAGGACGGUCGGCGGAUAGGCGACCUGCGGCGAACGACGAUGAUACCGGCGGCGAGCCACCGGGCCGUGGCCUUCGAGGGGAUGGCACCUCCAGUGAUCGCCUGACUGGAGAUGCCAAAGGAUCGGAAGGCGAGAGCGCGGGGAAGGAGACGGCUGCUACUGAUCGUGCUGCUGCCGAUGACGCCGACGAUAGCGACGUCUGUUUUAUCUGUACCUCGAAAAUCGAGCAUCUGUCAAUCGCGCCGUGCAAUCACCGAACUUGCCAUAUUUGCUCGCUACGUAUGAGAGCGCUGUACAAAACCAAAGCUUGUGCGCAUUGUCGGACUGAAUCGAGUUUCGUGAUAUUUACGGAUGACCGUGGAAAGCGAUACGAAGAGUUUACGGAUAAAGGCUUCAUAAGAACAGACGACAACCUAGGUAUUAAAUACGAAACUCAUGAGAUCUUUGAGGAUACCGUGCUUCUCCUACGGUAUAACUGCCCGGACAAAGACUGCGACAUUGCCUGCCUAGGUGAUCUAUGCACAAGGAACAAAAAGGUGUUUACACACGAGCAUGAACUAUUCUCAAUGGCUCAACUCCGAAAGCAUGAGAAAUAUGGAGACGAUAACCCCGGUGCUCUUGAUCAAAGCGGAUUCAAGGGCCAUCCGGAAUGUGGCUUCUGCCAUCAACGGUUUUACGGGGACGAUGAGCUCUUUGCGCAUUGCCGGGAUAAGCAUGAACGUUGCCAUAUCUGCGAUCGGCGGACCGGCGGCAGUCGACCUCAGUAUUACGUUAACUACAAUGCGCUCGAAGAGCACUUCAGUAAAGAUCAUUUCCUUUGUCUCGAUAAAGAGUGCCUAGAAAAGAAAUUUGUUGUUUUCGAGUCGCAAAUGGACUUGAAGGCUCAUCAACUUGAAUGCCACCCUGCAGGUCUUUCCAAGGACGCAAGACGAGACGCUCGGCAUGUUGACAUGUCCACUUUUGACUACAGGGCACCUUACCAACCCCGACGUCGCGACGGUAGAAGGCCACUUGGGCGUGAUCCUAACUCCGAGCCCCUUCCUCCAUCUAGCGCCCAACCGCUCAGGAGAGAUGAACUUGCAUAUCAACGGCAGCUAGCUGUCCAAAGCGCACAGUCAAUCUCCCAAAGAUCAUUCGGCGGCCAGCUUACUCAACCCCAUCCGCAAACGCAACCUGUUCGGCCAUCCCCCGCUCCAUCGGCGACCAGCCAACCUCAGCUGGCCGUCCCGCCGCCACCAUCGAUCGAAAACCUGGACCUCAAUGCGCCUGCGGCUACUCCACAAGAGGAAGCUCGACGUAUAGCCCAUGCGGCCGUAAUGGAUCGAGCAUCCUCGUUGUUGCGUCAUGAUGCACUAAAGAUCGACGAAUUCCGGAAAAAGGUUUCGUUAUACCGAUCCUCUCGGAUUGAGGCCAACGAGCUGAUUGAAUCGUUUUUCUCCCUUUUCGACACAUCAUCAACCGACUUGGGAAAGCUUGUGAAAGAGCUAGCUCAUUUGUAUGAAGAUGAUUCCAAACGCACCGGCCUUCUAGCUGCAUGGAAUGACUGGCGGGCCAUCAACGAAGAUUACCCUGCUCUGCCAGGCCCAAGCGGUGUUAUGCCAUCCACCAGUCUCCCGAACGUUGGUGGAGGCAAGCGUGUUUUACGUCUUAAAUCAUCGACGGCGCAGUCAUCUCGGUCCGCGGUUGCCCAGAACCCCCGUCUUCCAGGCCUUCUCAAUCCAACCAGCGCCUCCAACCCAUUUCCUUCUCUUCCCAACUUGGCAUUGAAAUCUCAAAAGGGCGCCAGCUCAAAUCGCGUCUGGGGCACAGUACCAACGCCACCGGCCUCUACACCCAAAACCUCCCCAGUCCCAAGUCGUUCCGCGUCUCGCGCAGUGGUUCCCACGAGCCGUACGACAGAUACCUCGGAGGCUUUCCCCGCACUGCCCGCCGCCCCAAAGCCGAAUGUACUCAUGGCCGGGCUUACACGCGGGACGGUUAGAUGGGGAGCCCAAGGAGCCGGCCGUGGAAGCACUCCCGCGUGGGGAGCGAAUAAUCCCACCCCCGCUGAGGUCGGCGCUGAUGCCGGAGAAGCUAGUCAGAAGGGAAAAGGGAAAAAAGGGAAAGGAAAGCAAGUACUAUAUCAUUUCGGAUAG